CAUUGUUGACUGUUCCCAGUGGAAAUGUUAAGGACCCCAGAGAAAGGCUCCUUUCAGCAUGUGGGAGGGAUGAAGACCUGUGCACGCUGGUCAGCUAUCCCAUUUGCCUGCCAACACAGACAAGGGGUCUUACUGGAGCUCAGGACCACAGCAAAGCUGAAGCCGGCAGGGAGAGGCCCGACAGGCCUGGCUCCUCCGGUGGCUCCAGCUUCCCUCCAGCUCUGGCUCCCGGGAGCUGUUUUGGAAUUCUCUCAGCGCCUGGUAUUUCCAUGCAUUUGGCUGGACCUCACAAAGCUGAGUCCAUGAUGCACAGGCACGAGGAUAAAGAUGCUGAGCUGGACCGUAGGAUAGUUGCCCUGCGCAAGAAGAACCAGGCCUUACUACGAAGGUACCAGGAGAUAGAGGAAGAUCGCCGGCAGGCGGAGCAGGGAGGCAUGGCUGUGACCACUCCAGGGUUCCUCCAAUCCGACAGCCUCACAGUCACCAUCAGCCAGGUUCCUGGUGAGAAGAGGGUGGUCAGCAGAAACUGGGCCAGGGCGCCCCUUUCACCUGGAGUGACUGCCACACUGACAGAUGAUGAAGAUGCUGUAGACUCACGGGGAACUUUCAGCAUGGGGGACCGGGUGGAUCUCGCUGUCACCAUGGAAAACAAAGCCAAGGCCAAACGGAUAGUAAGUGAGAAACCCACAACCCAACCAAGGAGCCCACAGGCAAAGGGGACAUCUGGAGGAGGCCGGGGCCGGAGUUCUCCCUUGCAGAUGACUUUCAGCUCAGAUUCAGCAGGGAAGGGUGUUCUGGAGCCCCGGAGUCCAGGUGUGGUCCCAGGCCCACCUCCCCAACAGCUCUUGGGGGUGCCCCCAGAGGCCAGCUGGGACUACUCGAAGUGGAAACAGGAGAGAGAGCAGAUUGACCUGGCCCGCCUUGCCCGGCACAGAAACCCACAGGGUGACUGGAGCCGCCCAUGGGACCUGGACAAAGCCAAGCCCAUGCCACAGAACUGCAACAAGCCUAGGGACAAGGACCUGGCCAUGGGCAGCAGAAAGGGUCCUAGGACCCACCAGAAGCCUCGGCACCCACCGUCAUCCCUGGGUGGAAAAUGUCGGGGUGGACAAUCUGGAAGACCCUCGGUGACACCUACCACCAUAAGCAGCAAAGCCCAGGGGACGGAGAGACUAACUGGCAGGGCCCGAAGGUAUGACGUGAAAGAAGAUGAGAAGCUGCAGAGCCAGGAGGGAAACCAGAGCAACCCGAAGACUCCCAGUGCUGAGGAAGAGUGCGUACAGACUCGGAAUGAAAGGGGGCCAGACAGACAAGAGACCAUCCCUGCAACCAGUCCAAUUCCAGCCUCCUCAGAGGGGCUAAAAGGAGAGUCAGGAACCUCUACAGCCAGUUUGUCCCCAGACUCCCCACAACAUUCUGACUCGGCUCCCCUUGACCUCUCUGUGGGAGGAAGUAGCAGCCCCAAUCCUGGAAAAUGUACAAGUAUACUCAGACCAAAGGCUGGGGCCCAGGAAAGUCCAGUGUCAUGGCCAAAUGGUUCUGAGCAGCAGACCCUGGGGUGCAAUGACCACCAGCCUGGGCUGGAAGUCCACAGUGGCACUGAGUCACAGAGAGAAGCAGAGACCCCAGAGCUCAAAGUGAACAGGGCUGGUAAGGCUGGGGCACAGCAGAACCUGACACCAAGAAGCAGGCCCCCCAGAGGAACUGACACAAGGGCAAGGGGCACAAGUAAAAGAAGCAGGGCCGGUGGUCCUGGCCCUGCAGGAAGAUGCUGAGUGAACCUCAUGGGAGUUGGGGAGCUAGGCUGUGGAGGGGAGAACUCAGUCAAGAGUCUUCUGUGUGGUAGGAGUUACGGCUGUUAGUGGGAGUCUUGUACCUUCCCGGUUGAGCAAUGUGGAAAAAUUCCACAGGGACAUCAUGUGAGGGCCUCUUAUGCAUACCUCUCUCCACAGUGGGUUUGUACAUGUAGGCAAGGUCCCUGGUGUAUUUGCCAGGCUGGGAUCUCUUGUUCAAGGCUGGUAUCCCUGGCCUGGGCUUACUGUUACCUAGGCCAUAAGCCUUUCCCACCAAGCAAGAUUUGGAAAGACCCCAAUACAUGGGUCUCCUGGCUCCUUGUAGUUCGCCAUUGCCAGGUCUCCCUCCCCAGUCACAAGCCUUCAGGCUCCUCAACUCAAGGCACUCUCAAAAUUGGUAUGGCCAGCCUAGCUCCUUUCUGAUAACCAUGCCUUUCAUCCAGGUGACUCACAGUCCCUGUCUUCUAAGAUGGCCAAACUGGGAUUUCAACAGUUGCCUGAGGCCCAGAGAAAGUGAUCUGGAGCUCAGGGCUAACAGAAACACACCCAGGAGUGAAAAAAUAAAACCCAAGGCUUCUUGGGGGAAAGGGAGGCAUGGGUGGGGUGGGGGAGGCUCUCUAACUGGGCUAGGAUCCCAGCCAGGGAGAAUGAGAGCUCACUUGCAGGUGCUGAACCUCCCUCCUCAUAUCCACAUCAGACACCACGGGUGCCCUGAAUAGACCUUGCAGCCCAGGGCCACUUCCUGCCCUCUCUUCCUUCUCCACUUCCCCUCACCAAGGCCAUGCAAAAGCAAGCACACAGUCAGAUAGAGGAAGAUCAACCUCAGCUAAGUGCAACAUCAGGAUGUGUCUUUCUAACUCCAUCCAGGCCCCUCCCACGAGGCCCACGUCUGGUGAAUUAUCCAGACUCUGCACAAGCUGUGGCUUCCUUUCAAUACAACAAACAUUUCCUGAGCAUCCUCUCCCAGUAAUUCAGCCAGUGGGCGAGGGUGACUCUGCCAGCAGGAGGGAGGGAAGAAACUCAGUCAUCCGACAGCUCAAGGCUGAAUGGCAAGUGCUGUUCUCAUCUGUAGAAGCCUGGCAGCCCUGGGUAGGAUGAGGGUAGGAGCCUGAAGAGACCCACCCUACCUCUGCUCCCCUUUUCUGAUAUGGCAUGUGCCCUUUGCUCCUGAGCCCUUAUCUUGGUGGCGCCAUACAGCCCCCUUUCUCCCCUCCUCUCUAGGGGUAAGUGGGUCUUCCAUAAUCCUCUGAAGCUCUAGGGAAAGUCCUGCCAUCUUAUCUUUACACGCGAGGUCUGCAACUUGGGUUCCUGCCUUAUUCUUCCUUCCUGCCUCUUGGUUCCAUCUCUAUUCCCUCUACUUAGGCAGGGGUGAAUCUUCAGCAGGUCAGGCUGUUUAGAGAACUCUUCUCACGCUUUUGUGUGACGUGUGGUGCAGGUUGGACUCAGUGGGUCUGGGGAAAGUCUGAACAUUUGCAUUUCUAACCUGUCCCAGGUGAGGGAAACAUGGCUGUUCCUUUUCCGCCUGAAGAACCCUUUGCAGAGUCAGGUUCUGGACUGUGUGAAGGGUUCAGGUUAGAGCAGACUCUAGAUCUAAAGCAAGUUGUCCGCUCUGCAAGAACUGGGAGAGUGCUAUCCCUGCCAAGUGGAAGAGGGUUCCUGGCUUCAGAGGCGCCUGCAGAAGAUUGUUCGGGCAGUGGGUAGUGGAGUCUACUAUGUAGUGCAUCAAAAGGAAGCUGACUGAGAGGUGACAGGAUGAUGGGGCUGGGAGAGUCAGUGCAGUGGCUCAGAAGAAGUUCAGAAAGGAAAAAAAAAUUCUGUACAUACAAGAUAUGCCUGGGCCAGAGUGAAGAAUCCAAAUUUGCGUUUUCAUUUUGCCUUUUGGUCUCAAGUAUAUUUUGACUUUGGAGUGUGACACAGGCCCUGGAGCUUAUGACUCCUAAAGAUGGGGCUAGAACAGAGCAGGUUCGGGCAGAGAGAACUCUUGAAUCCAGAUGUUGCAAAGAAAUGGUUGUGAUUAAGAAACUGAAUUCUUGGCUGGGGGCGUAGGUUGGUAGAGCCCAUUCUCAGUAUACAUGAACUUAUAGGUUCAAUGUCCAGAACAUCCCAAGACAGACAGACAGACAGUGAGUGAGUCUGUCAGACAGACAGACAGACAGAGGAGAUGAGGAGAAAGGAAUCGAGGAGAAAAGGAGGGAGUGGGAAGAGGAAGGGAGACAGAAAAGAGAAAACUCACAAUUCACCUCCCACUGGAUGCUGCCAACUGUGCAAUGUGAUCCAUCAAACAACACAGGGCAAGGCACAUGUGACCACAGGUUGAGGAUGUAAACAUCUGGCAGGGUUCUGGUUCAGUCUUUAAAAAUGAACUUAAAUAGGAGAAGGAGCUGGUAAGGAGGACUGAGAGGAUAUGAGAGGACUGAGAGGGUUCUGAGGGAAGCUGUCCUGGGGAUUGGUGAGAGCAGAAGCCAACAUGGGACAUCUUCAAUACAGAAGCCUGCAACAACAGCAAGCUUUUCCUGAGAAAGGGGAGCUCUUCUCCAGGAUAAGACACAGGGGACACCUCUCAGCUCUCUGACCAGGUUGUACCAUACUGCUCUGUCAGAGUCAACUAUGGAGCAGAAGAAACCCAUGUCAGCCAUUCCUCUUGAGGCUUCAAAGGGCCAGCCAUGACUCUUCCUGGUUGCUUUGUUGAAAGGUCUGACCCAGAGUUUUUCCUUAGAAAACGCUCUUCCCUGCAACAAGCAGACAUGACUAAUCUUUAAAAGCAGGAGUCUUCAUUAAACACAACUCUGGGAAACCAGAUGCAGGGCUGGAAGGAACCAAGCAAGAAGGGUGCCCAGGAGGACCUGGCAGGGAGAGGACACCUGGAGAUGAGGGUAGCGGAGAAAUGGAGAGCAUCCUGUCAGAAAGGUACACAUUUAGAUCCCAGGCACCAGGUAGAACAAAGCACACGUUGGCGUCUGAGACAAUAAAUACGAACUCUGCACCUCCCAUCCACCUUGUUCAAUGUUAACCUCUAAAGGCCUCAGUCUGCAGAAUGGGGCUUGCUGCUCUGACCUUGGAGGGUUUCUGAGAACACUAGAUACCUACACACAGUAGACACUCUGGGAACAGCAGCCUGGUGCUCUGAAAACAUGUUGAAUAAAUGAAGUGGGCGUUGAUAU